AUGGCAGCACUAGCAUCGACUAGUUUUGAAUUCAAUAUGGUAGUCACUGAAGUAACCGAAGAUAAUACUUCGGAUAUUAGUGAAGAGAUUGAUGAAUUAGCAGGAGAUCUUGAACCUACUACGGGAGUUGAUACUAUGAAGAAUGACAUACCAAAUAAUGAUAAGUUAAUUCCUUAUAAUGAUGAUAAUAGCACGAAUAACGAAACGGAAAAAAAAGGGAGAGAAGAUGAUAUUUACGAAAUCGAAAAAAUAGUUGAUCAUCGAACGUAUAGGGGAUCAAUACAAUAUAUGAUCAAGUGGAAAGGAUAUUCUGACAAACAUAAUUCUUGGGUGUCAAAAGAGCACGAAAGUGAAUAUUGGAAUAAUAAAGAAAUCGAAGCAAAAGAAAAAAUAAAGUCAUUAGCAGAUAGACAUAAUAUUAAUACUAAGAAAUUGAAAAGACAAAAGUCCAAUAGAAUUAAAAAAAGUCAAGAUAAACAUACCAGACAAAAGAAAAGUUUUGUUGAGUUAAAAUCAUCGAAAUCUAAUGAUAACUUGUUGAAUAAUAAUGCUGGAAGUUGGGAACCUUUUGUUACAGACGUUGCUACUAUCCAACAAGAUCCAUAUACGGGAACAUUAAUAGUUUUUCUGAAUUGGAAGAAUGGACACCGUACAUCACACACUAAUAAAGUAACUAAUGUUAAAUGUCCACAAAAAAUGUUAGAAUUUUAUCAACGGCACGUACAAUUCGUUCAUCAACAGCAUUAG